AUGCACCUGUGGCCGUCGCUCCGGAUCCGGGACUCGUUCAAGCACGCCUACCUGGAGAAGCUUGAGUUCAACCUCGCCCACAAGAAGCGCGCGCAGGGGCAGGGGCAAGGGCGGCAGGGCCAGGACGGGGACGAGGCGCCUCUGCUCGAGGGCCGCUCGUCGUCGAUGGUGGCCACCGCGUUCGAGCUCGCCUGCGACGCCGCCAUGCUCCUUUCGUGCUGCUGUUGCUGCUUCUGCUGCGGCGAAAACAGAAAAAGAAAUGAAAGAAUACUCACAUGUGACUGA